AUGAUUCAACAAUUUCGUCCAGAGAGAUCGGAAACCCAGACGACCAGCACUCUUCUAGAGGCCUCACAAGCACAUGCAGCUACGCUCAUGCAAAACCAGGACAGUCGGCCCAAUUCGCCUGAGCUCUUGGAUAGCAUACAGGGGCCACCCUUGGGGGACUUCGGGUUUGGCCUUGACAUGAAUGAGAUCCUCAUGAGUGGUGUCAUAACUCAGGAAACCGAUGGCAACUUCGAAGGAGGUUUCGAUGAAUCCCUUUACCUCCAUCGAACUAAUCGAACGCUCAGCCUGGUUCGCAAAUUUGGCCGGUCCGAUGGCCCCUAUCAGCAUCGCGUGGUUCAACGACAAACAAAUGAAUGCUUCAACAUCACCGCAAUUACGAGAGACGAGCCCGAAAAGCAAGUUGUCACCUCGCAACGAUCCCGGCAUGGCACGGUUCCCGACGCAUCGCGAACAAGGGCCCAGCUUCAGGACGCUAUAGUAGCUGCGGAAGACGCCUUCGAAACUUGGGGUGAAUUCUUUAAUUGUUACCGCCACAUGACCACCGCCGACCCUGAUAUUUAUCUCGUAAUUGCAGCCAACAUCCGUUCCGUGGCCAACAUCAUUAACGAGCAGCACGACAUCGUCUCCAGAAAUACCUCGAGCGCCUCAGUCGGAAAUGAAUCCAUCCGCUCAUUACCAUCGGACCGGUUACCCUCUCCCCAAUACCAAUGGGCCCUGGCCAUCCAACCCCGGCCAGGUAGCAUUGAGCAGCAUUUUGUCUCUUCGUCCCUCCUCUUCGACGUCAUGAGCUCGACGGCUACCGCGAGUCACCGGCUACAAACGCUCGCAACCCAGCAUAAGACGAAACUGCAGUCGACACCCCAAAGCACUAGCCACACAGAUGUUCAGCGUGGCAAUGCCGCUCAUGGAAAUGUGAUGGCAACGAUUCAAUCCCUAGAUUAUGUUUUGGAGGUCCUUGAUGGGACGACGAUGGAGAUGAAGGAUCGCAUGGCGCAACUUUCGGCUAGAUUCACGGACAGCCCUCGAGAUGAAUCUCCGGUCCGUGGCAUGGAAAGAGUUUAG